AUGCGUACUCUGGAGGGUAGGCUCAGCGAAGCGGUCUCCCGCUGCGAGCGUCUGCAGAGUGACCCGGUAGCUCAGCGCGGUGCAGUUCAGAAGCUCAGCGAUGACCUGGCAGCUGCGGAGACCAAUCACAAGUCGUUGGUGCACGAGCUGCAUCUCCAAGUGGAAGGCGGUCGUAGCCAGCCACCCGAGGUGUCUCCUCCUACAGUCGCUCAGGUCACGAUCGAGGAUAUCCUGGACGGCAAGCAGCUCCCAACCAACUUGGACUCGCUCCUGGCGCCUGAAACUGAGACUUCGCAGCAGUCCAUCCAGCAGCAUGUGCAGCAGCUCUUCGGGGCCGCAGCCGAGCAGGCGUCGAAGUUCCGCGAGGAGUAA